AUGCUGAGGCCCGCGCUGGCGUGCUGCAAGCUCUACAUCUCCGAGGCCCGCAACGCGCCGGCGCUGCGCGCCAUCGAGCGCGCCGCGGCGGGGCUCCGCCCGGCGGCCGGGCUCGUCAACGCGUUCGCCGACGACGCCUACAACAGGGUCGGGUACACGCUCGUCUCCCCACUCGCGGGCGGCGGCGGCGGUAACUCGGCCCCGCCGCCGCUGCAUCGCGCGGCGUUCGGCGUGGUCGCGGCCGCGCUCGAGGCCGUCGACUUCGGCGCCCACGCCGGCGCGCACCCGAGGCUCGGCGUCGUCGACCACAUCGCCUUCCAUCCCCUGGCCGGGGCCCACCUCGACGACGUCGCCGCGCUCACCAGGGCGGUGGCCGCUGACAUCGGAGACAAGCUUCAAGUGCCAACAUAUCUGUACGGAGCAGCUCACAGAGACGGCAGAAGGCUGGCGUCCAUCAGGAGGCAGCUCGGCUACUUCACGCCCAACUCUCCCGGCGAGCAAUGGCGUGGCGCGCCGGACUCCUCAUCCCUGCCCGUCGCCCCGGACGCCGGCCCCGCGACGCCGUCGAGGUCCAAGGGCGUGGUGGCCAUCGGCGCGACAGCCUGGGUCGACAACUACAACGUGCCCGUGCACACGGCCGACGUCGCGGCGGCGAAGCGGAUCGCGCGGGCGGUCAGCGAGCGCGGCGGCGGGCUCAGGUCCGUGCAGGCGAUGGGGCUCGCGCACGGCGAGGGCGUCACCGAGGUCGCCUGCAACCUGCUCGACCCGGCGAGGGUGGGGGCGGAGCAGGUGCAGGAGAGGGUGCGGCAGCUAGCCGCCGAGCAGGGGCUCGCUGUCGGCGAGGGAUACUUCACUGACUUCUCCCAGGAGAGGACCGUCGAGCUGUACAUGCAGUCAGCUGAAGCCGACGCUUCCCAGCAGUGA